AUGGUUCUCUCCAAGGAGAAUGCCUCAAUUGGCAUCAUCGGCAUGGGCGACAUGGGCAGGAUGUAUGCCCAGAGGCUUGCUCAGGCUGGCUGGAGGGUAAAUGCCUGUGACAGACCGGAAAAGUACGAGUCGUUGAAGCAAGACUUUGCAUCAGACCAAGAUAUCACUAUAUUACCGAAUGGACACUUGGUCUCGCGCAUCAGCGACUAUAUCAUUUACAGCGUAGAGGCCGCUUACAUUGACAAGAUAGUUGCUGAAUACGGUCCCUCAACCAAGGUCGGCGCUAUUGUUGGUGGUCAAACCUCCUACGUAGAGAUUAUCUCGUGCCACUCGUUACACGGACCGAAAGUGAAUCCCAAAGGCCAGCCACUGGUCCUCAUUCAACACCGAGCUUCUGACGAGAGUAUGAGAUUCGUGGAACGAGUGUUCUCCUCCUUUGAAUCCAAAUAUGUUCAUAUUAGCGGCCAGAUGCAUGACCGCAUCACAGCAGACACCCAAGCAGUCACGCACGCCGCGUUCCUCAGCAUGGGUACAGCAUGGUACGCCAACAACCAGUUCCCCUGGGAAAUCGCCCGAUGGGUAGGCGGCAUCGAGAACGUCAAGAUCAACAUCACCCUGCGCAUAUACGCGAACAAAUGGCACGUCUACGCGGGCCUUGCGAUCCUGAACCCAGCCGCAAAGGAGCAAAUCAGACAGUACGCAGAGUCUGUCACGGAGCUGUACAAGCUGAUGAUCGAGGGAAGGAGAGAGGAAUUGAAGAAUAGAGUCAAACAGGCCGGUGCAGCGGUCUUCAAAUCGGAUACAGAGGGGCAGGAUUUGCUGCUGAGAGAUGAAGUGCUUGAUCGUUUCUCGCUCUCCAAGGGUUCGCGCGAAGAAGCACCUCCUAAUAAUCAUCUGAGUCUGCUUGCGAUUGUGGAUUGUUGGUCGAAGUUGGGGAUUGUGCCGUAUGAUCAUAUGAUAUGCUCGACUCCGCUGUUCCGUCUCUGGCUAGGCGUCACAGAAUACCUAUUCCGCAACCCCAGCCUCCUAGACGAGGUUCUCGAUAUAGCCAUUGACGACCAUACAUUCCGAUCCGACGACCUAGAAUUCACAUUUGCUGCACGAGCCUGGUCUGAUUGUGUAUCCUUCGGCGACUUUGAAUCCUACCGAGACCGCUUUGAGCGUAUACAAAGCUACUUUGCGCCGCGUUUCCCGGAUGCAGUCAAACUUGGCAAUGAGAUGAUGAAGACGAUUCUGGAAAAGACCGAGAAUAGUACUUAG